UUGAUUAACAUAACAAUGUCUCUAUUCCUAUAGGAUAUAAAAGGACCAUGGCUCGCUUAGUCAGUGUUGCAGUGUGAUCACAUUUACCUAACACAAUGGGAAUGAUAAUCUUCUACGAGGACAAGAACUUCCAGGGUCGCUCCUAUGAGUGCAACACCGACUGUGCCGACCUGCACACCCAUUUCAGCCACUGUAACUCCAUCCAAGUGGAGAGUGGUAGCUGGAUGGUCUAUGAGCGGCCAAACUACAUGGGCUACCAGUACUUCCUGAGAAGAGGCGAGUAUCCCGACUACCAGCGCUGGAUGGGCUUUAAUGAUUGCGUGAAAUCCUGCCGGAUGAUCCCUCAAAAUCAGGGAGCUCACAAGAUGAGAAUCUACGAGCGCUCUGACUUUGGCGGUCAGAUGCUGGAGUUUGCCGAUGACUGCCCUUCCCUCUACGAUCAAUUCCAUUACAAUGAUAUCAACUCUUGCAAUGUUAUGGAGGGGUAUUGGCUUUUCUAUGAGCAUCCCAACUACAGAGGCAGGCAGUAUCUCCUGAGGCCUGGCGAGUACAGGAGAUACAGUGACUGGGGAGCCAUCAAUUCCAAGAUUGGCUCCAUCAGACGUGUUGUUGCUCACCCAAACUGAGAGGCUAUACAUUGUCAACAUGAAACUGAGCCUAACAUUGAAAUUAAUAAAAGUUAGGUCCACCCGCCA